UGCUUAGUCUUUAUAAAAUUCCGUGAACGAUGCUACUGCGAAUUAUAUUUACGCUGUUAAUUUUAAAAGCGUCGGCCAGCCAAGCUUCAAGACAAGAGUGUAGUCUAAUCUCGGUUUGUAACAAUGUUGAAUCGAUUGAUUCACAACUGUAUCCUAUACGUAUGGAGCAAAUGCGCCUAGGAAAUCUUUUGGAAGACUUGGGCAGAAAAAUUGAAACUUUUCUAAACAAAGUCAAUCCGUUGCCCUCCAGCUGUUAUGAAGCUUCGAGGGGCACACAAAACAGUUCCAUUCGCACGAUACUUGUGCCGGAGUACAGUGAUAACCCCUUUGAAGUGGCCUGCGAUCAGUUCAGAAUGGGAGGAGGUUGGACCAUUAUUUUGCGCCGAACGGAUGGAAGUGAGGAUUUUUACCGCGAUUGGAUUGAUUACAAGCAUGGAUUUGGAAAUUUGAGCAAUGAAUACUUCCUGGGCUUGGACAAACUGCACGCCAUGACCAAUUAUCAGCAGCAGGAACUCCUGGUUGUUAUGGAAAAUUGGGAAAGGAAGCAGGAAUAUGAAAUGUACAGCAACUUUAGAAUUGGAUCAGAGAGCAGUGAUUAUAGCUUGGAAAGUGUGGGAACUCCUUCUGGAGACGCAGGCGACUCACUUACCAUCCACUUGGGCAUGAAGUUUUCCACUAAAGAUCGCGAUAACGACAUAGCCAGUGCGAAUUGUGCGCAAAGUUUUUUUGGCGGUUGGUGGUACAUGUCGUGUCAUAAGAGCAAUCUAGCAGGGCAAUAUGGAAGAGGCAUGAACUGGAAUUCAUUAGGUAAACCUUCAAAAUUUCUUAGACGUGCAACAAUGAUGAUCCGUCCAAAAACUACUUAAAUGAAAUGUUAACUAAAUCUAUAGCACUCAAAUCAAAAGUUGUAAAAGUGUAAAUAAAUAUUAAACAGUCAUUGAGACUGAGACCGA